GAUAAAUAAAUGAAAGUGGAGGCGGUGCUUUUGAAUAUGUCUCUUGCGUGCCAGCUUCACUGACUGGCAGGUCGUCAGGUUCGAACGAGUCAGGCAGGUGCCCCACUCUGCUGUUGCACUCGCAUUGAGUGAAGCACCACUUUGCAACCGUCCGGUUCUAUGUGCUUGUUAAAAUUAAUGAAUUAAUAAUUUAAUAUUAAUAUUAUUUUAUAAAAUAUAAAUAAAUAAUAUAAUACAAUUUAUUUAAUAAUUUACUGACGGUAUUCAAUUAUUUAAUACUGACGUUCCCCGCUAUGACUACAACGAGUGAAAGCGGUGAAUCAAAGUCUUCAAAAAAGAACAAGAAACGAAAGGAAAAGAAGUUGACAGAGUUGAAGGAAGAGCUUAGUAACAAGACCAAACUUCAGAAUGAAGCUCUGGAGAGCUUGAAGGUGCAACUGCAAGAAGCUAAAGCAAAUAAGAAGUAUGCAGAGUCUCAGAAGAUAAGAGAGGAAAUAUGGGUUCUUUCAGAUGCCAAAGCUGGUGUCAGAACCAACAUUCCGGAGGGAGAGCUUGCACGAAUCAUGUCAUCCGUACACUGCAAGUUCCCUCAAUUGAAUGACAAUGCAAAUUCGCGUAGUAGCUCCAACGCCAGCGAGUCCACACCUCAAGUGCCCACCACCAGCACUCCAAACAACAAAGACCACGAACACACAAGCAAGACCGAGACGACGACGACGACGAUGAUGGUGGUGACUGGAAAAGAGGACAAGAAGAUGAAGAAGUUGAGAGAAAAACUCGUUCAGAUCGAAAGGCUCAAGAAACGGAGAGAUAGAGGGGAAACAUUGGAGUUGAAUCAACCGUUCAUGGAAACUGACAAAAAAUUAACAUUUCAGAUUGAAAAGAUCAACAGUGAACCCUCCGUCAUUCAAGAAAUUAAGGAUAUUGAAGAAAUCUUCGAUAAAAUGUCAUGAAAAUUAAAUAACAAUUAUUCAUUCACUUAUGAAUAUUUACAUUUCAUUCUUUCAUUCAUACCGUCAUUCGCACAAUUCAUUCAUUCACUCUGUUCUAACUCAUCCAUCCAUCAUUUUGUAAUCACGCCUCAGGAGUAAAUGACACCAAAAU